GUUAUCUGCGGGGAGUCUACAAUUCAUGCAUAGAUUAAUUUAAGUGCAGGGAUUAGGCCUCUAUUUAUAGUGGAGAGCCUUGAAAAAAAGAGCGCCGCUCCCAAAUCCAUUGGCGAAACCACCCACCUGUUUUGCUUUGUGCACACUGAUUACUUGGCACCCUCUGUUUUUGCUUCUUCCAAUCCUAUGGAGUAUUUAUAAGAGCUUCCCUUUGGCUCUACAAAUCAUCAAAACAAAAUCGCAAACCUCUAAAAUCAUCCAUAUCACCCAGAUCGCAUCCAGUACAAUCACAGCCGGCAAUUCAAUAUAAAGUUAGAAGAAAGGAAGAAGAAUGAGCUUCGGAAGCAGCAGCAGAAGGUGGAUCGUGGCGGCGAGCGUGGGGACGGUGGAGGCCCUGAAGGACCAAGGCUUCGCCAGAUGGAACUACGCUUUCAGACUGCUCCACCAGCAUGCCAAAUCCAACCUCCGGUCCUACUCCCAGCACGCCACCAGGCUGCCUUCUUCCUCCGUCGUCUCCGCCAAGCUGCGAGAUGAGCAAUUGAAGCGCUCGGAGGAGUCUCUGAGAACCGUCAUGUAUUUGAGCUGUUGGGGACCUAAUAAUUGAUUUGAAUCCAAUUGAUUCCCCCCUUUCUUUUUUAUCUC